CAAACACUGUCUAAAGUUUACUGUAAAGCUUGCAAAAUCUUUAUUAAACACCACCGCACUUACUCACCAACCCCAUCACAAAACCUGCACACUCUACUCACGUUACUCAUUCCUUCCUCUCUUUCUUGGUUAAAUUCUAUAUAUAGCAAAAUUAAUUGCUUUCUGUUUGAAAGUAUCCCGCAAUUCACGUGCUAUUAUCCUCUCCAUUUCCUUUUUCUGUUAUAAAGUUUUGUUUUUUUUUUUCUCUCUUUCUUUUAUAAGAGAGCGAGUGAGUCAAAUUUGAAGCUAAAGUUUGAAUCUUGAUGAGGUUUAGUGAGAUGGGUAUGUGGUGGUUUUGUGGAUUGGUGAUUGUGAGUUUAGUAAUAGGAGCAAAAGGGUAUCCAGAGGAGGAUUUAGUGAAGGCAUUGCCUGGACAACCUAAGGUUAGUUUUAGGCAAUAUGCAGGGUAUGUGGAUGUAGAUGUAAAAGCUGGGAGGAGUUUGUUUUAUUACUUUGUUGAAGCUGAGGUGAAUCCUGAUCAUAAACCGCUCACUCUUUGGCUCAAUGGAGGCCCAGGUUGCUCAUCAAUUGGUGGGGGUGCCUUUACAGAGUUGGGACCAUUCUUUCCCACAGGUGACGGUCGAGGUCUUCGAAGAAACUCAAAAUCAUGGAAUAAAGCAUCAAAUCUCCUAUUUGUCGAAUCUCCAGCUGGAGUAGGCUGGUCAUACUCGAAUACAAGUUCAGACUACAACACCGGUGAUGCAAAAACUGCAAUGGAUAUGCAUAUAUUCAUGAUGGAAUGGUUGAAGAAAUUCCCGGCAUUCAGAUCAAGGGAACUAUAUCUCACAGGAGAAAGUUAUGCAGGGCACUACAUUCCACAAUUAGCUGUUACUCUUCUUGACCACAACGAACAUUCAAAAGAAUACAAGUUCAACGUUAAAGGAGUUGCAAUUGGGAAUCCACUCCUGAAACUUGAUCGUGAUGUUCCAGCAACCUAUGAAUACUUUUGGUCUCAUGGGAUGAUUUCUGAUGAAGUAGGGCUAGCAAUUAUGAAUCAAUGUGACUUUGAGGAUUAUACCUUUGGCAGUCCACACAAUGUUUCACAUGAAUGCAAUAAUGCCAUAUCUGAAGCAAACGACAUUAUUAGUGAAUAUAUAAAUAACUAUGAUGUGAUUCUUGAUGUGUGCUAUCCGUCCAUAGUGGAACAAGAGUUGCGAUUAAGGAAAAUGGCUACUAAGAUGAGUGUGGGUGUUGAUGUGUGCAUGAGCUAUGAAAGGCGCUUCUAUUUUAACCUUCCGGAGGUUCAGAAAGCACUUCAUGCAAAUAGGACCAACCUGGCGCAUAGCUGGUCGAUGUGCAGCCGUGUUCUGAAUUACAGUGACGUAGACGGGAACAUCAAUAUUCUUCCAUUGCUCAAAAGAAUAAUCCAAAACCAUAUUCCUGUUUGGAUUUUCAGCGGAGACCAAGAUUCUGUAGUGCCAUUGCUUGGCUCCAGGACCCUUGUACGCGAGCUAGCUCAUGACAUGGGGUUCAAGAUUACAGUCCCAUAUGGAGCUUGGUUUCACAAAGGACAGGUCGGAGGUUGGCAAACAGAGUAUGGCAACUUAUUGACCUUUGCCACUGUAAGAGGUGCUGCACAUAUGGUGCCAUAUGCACAACCUUCAAGAGCUCUGCAUCUGUUUAGUUCAUUUAUACGUGGCCGGAGGCUCCCAAACAACACACGUCCCUCCAUCGACGACUGAGAGAAAUCCACGAUUGAGCACUUCAAGAGGAUAAUGAACAUUGGGGACUUCAUCUAGGAAAUAUAAAACAAGAAAAAGCAAAAUCAUUGCCUUGGUAAUUGGUUCUGAAGUAGCUAAGCAUUUCCUAGAUUAGCAGUGUGAUAGGGGGAAUAUGUCAAGGGUUCUCUAUCUUCAGUAUCUUUCUUUGAAAUAUAAAAAAAAGGGAAGCAAAGGCAAAAAGAAAAGAAAGAAGAAUUGGAAGCCACAGCUGAUUUCUUAUAUACUGUACCAAUUUUUUAUUUUUGUUUACCCCAAAAUUGGGUAUAAAUUAAAUUUGUACGCGGUUUAAAGGACACGUGGUUUAAUUCAACGCGAACAACUAAGAAUAGCA